AGAUCUUAUGACGCUACUUGCGUGGCCCUUGGAGAGAAUUUCGCUGUCUUGGGUGAAGGACGCGGUGUAGUUGUCAUGAAUUUGACCACUCAUGAGCAGCAAGUUUUACUGCACGACAUGGAAAUGCCAUCAAAGGCGGGCCUGCGAUAUCGAGGCCGCGUACAAGUCGUCGGUCACCAUAUCUUGUUUGCAGCUCGUAGAGGACCGCGGCAUCCGCUUCAGGUGUCCACUUUCUCUACAGACGGCUCAGGUAACGUCGUCACGGGCGAUGAGGAGCUUGUCCACCGUGGCACCGUCACCUUCGACCAGGACGACAGGGUCUUCUACCCCCGCCUCAUGACACCAGAAGAACAACUGGUUAUCUUUGCGCGCAAUCACAAGGACGCUUCCAAUCCCGCCUGGCGCACCUGGACAUACUACAGGCACGGCAUUGAGUACAACGAGAACGAGCGCAUCCGCUUUGUCAAUGUCAGAGAGCCGAGGCCUGACGAGUAUGUCUGCGUCGAGGCUUUGAAGAGUCGCCGAGACGUCCGCGACCUUCUAGGUUAUUAUCGGAAUGGGCAGGGCAGCGACGUUGCGUUGGCCCGUCCGCCCAUUUCCAAGAAGCUGAGGCUCCCGGCGCAUAAGGAAGCUGGAUCGUUCGACCUGAUUUCAGGUCGCUUGGCAAUUAUGAGAAAGGGCGGAGUGCUUGUGGUAGCAGACUAUGUAUGAGCUGUAUUUCCUGUGUAUAUCCGCGUGUUUGAGAGAUAUCGC